ACCAGAAGGCGAGGAACGUCGCGAGCGACCCGUGGCGAAUGCAAUACACUGACGGGAACGAAGACAGCGCGUACGACGCAUCGAGUGCUUACUCCAACUGGUCUGACCGGUCCAAGCGUGUGCGGCGACACGACGACGGCGACGACGGGAGCGGUGAUGGAGACUUGCCGCAAAGUAUCAAGAAACCAAGGGCAUUUCUGCUACUCCAACCAAGCGCAUUCACAUUCCAGUCGGUUGAACACAAGCCGAACGGACAAUCCAUGUACUCGGCGCUCGACAGCGAAAUAUUCAUCAACCUGAAGCGGGUCGAUCAGAUAUCCUUUUCUGGCCUCGCCGAGCAGUUCUUCAUCAGCGAGAAUAACCGAGUUGUCCGGGCGGAAACCGGGCAGCUUGUAUUUCUCUGGCGUUCCAACGCGGAUGGCCGGUUGGCAAUUUCCCAGUCGUUUGCGUUUACCAACAACAGCGAGUUUUUGUUUUAUCGAUCAGAGCUCGACCGAUUAAUCGAGGGCCGGUGAGCACCCGAGGCACACACACAUGUACGGUGAUUGCUUCAAUCACGUCAAGCAUGCGCGGCCAAAAAGAGAAAACCCCCACAGUCAUUUCAAGAUUAGAUUUUUGUACAAUAAUG